UGCAUUGACGUCAUCUACGGUCUUCCAUCACACAGGGUGCUCCCCUCAGCGACUAACUGGAGGCCACCAGGGGCAUAGCAGGUGCACAACGACAGUAUGUACAAAUCUAAGCAUGUCGGUACAUUCAGAAGACUUCCAGGAACGCCUAUUGUGUUCAGAUUGGAGAUCGUACUUUGCGUUCGAUCUGUAUCGUUGAUGGACGCAAAUUCUGUUACACAUUCUGUGCUUGGAAGCAGCAUCAGAAGACAAUCACCACCAGAACUCAGUCAAGGAAGAGCAUGCUAUGGUUUGGAUCUGUCCAGAGACCGCUUCCUUGUUCUCGAACUUCUGGCAAGCUCAAUGCUCUUGAAAAUGUUCGGUGUUAGCCUCCUCCUAUUUCCACAAGCCCGAUUGCCCGGGUAUCUUGAUCUUUGACGUCGAAUCUCAU